GCUCUCUCGGCAAGCGGCGUGGCGUCGCGUGCUGCGCUAGAUAGCGGAAAGCGAAAGUGUUCGUGCAAAAAUAGAAGAGCAAGUGGCGGGUAACGGUUUCAAUAUAAAACGAACGGCCACUGCAACCGAUUUCGUUUUAAUGUGAGCGUGGGUUGAUUAAUCGCGGAGCCGCGAUUGCUUUUACUUCGAUCGACUAGCGUUAGUUGGGCGCAGUCCACCAUAAACCGUGUGAUCGACUGUGUGACGUCCUUCUUGUCCGUUCGGUCGCUUUUUCUACGUGUCGUCGACCGUUACCACUGUGCAAGUCGCCACGAAUUCGCGCCACCGUUAUCCGAUCGGCAUCAUCGAACCCAUAACGCCGUCCAUCUAGACGACCUCAAGAUCUGCGACUAACAGGGGUACAGAAAACUUGAUAGAUCGGGCGCGACGUCUAAUUUUUUAACAUCUGCUCGACGGUCUAUUGUUGCAAUCGAAUCACUGUUCAUCGCGAUCGAUCGACAAAAGCGUUCUCAGGACUAGAGCUUCUUGGUCUUCCUCGCGUUCAUCUUCGAUCGUUUCCAUAGACAUUCCAGCCGAUAGUGGGACGAAUAGCUCGGUAUCAACCCUCGUCGUCUCAGCUAGAAAGCCACGAUCGGCAAGGCCAAGAACCGUGUCAGUCGCGAACUGACCCGAAGUCCGCCGCCGAUUCCGCCGGCGUUCCGCAUCGCUCCCCACUAUAUUCACCGGAAGUGCUCGCGGCCAAUCCGCGGGGCGAGUCGUUAGGGCUCGUACGAAACCCUUGUCGAUCGUAUAAAAGCGAGCAACGCAGGACAUGUCGGCGAGAAUCGAUCCGAUACGCUGGUCGAAUCUAGCUAGUAUCGGUUUCAAAAUCACUAGGAGCUUCUCAGUUGCAGCAGCUUCUUCCAGGGGAUCAUCGGUCAUUUGUCUGAGAAGUCUUCGUUGUUUCAAACCGGUCGAUUCCGUCGAUGUCUUGAGGACCAAGGGUCAAACAGCACGAUUCGCGAUUUUGAGCCGUCGAACUUUACUAAACGCUAGCGAGAUGCCACAUGCAAUCGAUGUCUAUUAUCCGCGGGUGUCCACACUGGUCACCAACGUGGCUAAAAAUCCAUCAAUCGACAACAAUUACGAAUAUAUAGGGAAAACACCUUUGCUGAACGCACUGACAGAGCCCCUUGCUCCAAAACUUCGCUCAUACAUCGAAGAAUGUGCCACCCUUUGCUGCCCCAAAGAUAUCUAUAUCUGCGAUGGAAGCGAUGCAGAAUAUGAACACUUGUUGAAGCUUAUGGAAAAGAAUGGAACCAUAUCGCCUUUGCCUAAAUAUGAAAACUGCUGGCUCGCUAGAACCAAUCCAGCAGACGUAGCCCGCGUCGAGAAACGUACUUUUAUCAGUACUGAAUCCAAACGCGACACGGUCCCAACCCCACGUGAUGGUGUCAUUGGAGAAUUGGGUAAUUGGAUUUCUCCAGCAGACAUGGACAAAGCUAUUCUUGAGCGAUUUCCGGGAUGCAUGAAAGAUCGAACAAUGUACGUUAUCCCCUUCAGCAUGGGUCCAGUCGGUUCACCUCUUUCAAAAAUUGGAAUAGAAAUCACGGACUCUGCGUAUGUCGUCUGUUCCAUGAGAAUUAUGACCAGAAUGGGGAAAAAGAUCCUGGAAACCCUGGGCAAUAACGAUUUUGUCAAGUGUUUGCAUUCUGUCGGUGUUCCAAAAGCUGAUACGAAAGUUGCGAUUAAUUCAUCCUGGCCUUGCGAUCCUGACAGAACGAUUAUUCUUCAUAGACCAGCCAAAAAUGAAAUAGUUUCUUAUGGGAGUGGUUACGGUGGAAAUUCUUUGCUUGGUAAAAAAUGUUUCGCCCUGAGAAUUGGUUCAACUAUCGCCAGAGAUGAAGGCUGGCUCGCAGAACACAUGCUCAUAUUGGCAAUCACAAAUCCAAAAGGCAGAAAGCGUUACAUUGCUGCAGCGUUUCCUAGUGCUUGCGGCAAGACCAACCUAGCUAUGAUGCAGCCGACGUUACCAGGAUACAAGAUCGAAUGCGUAGGUGACGACAUAGCUUGGAUGAGAUUCGAUCAGGAGGGACGUCUUCGUGCCAUAAACCCAGAAAAUGGAUUUUUUGGCGUAGCCCCUGGAACCAGCUAUGCCACUAACCCCAAUGCCAUGAAAACUAUCUUUAAGAACACCAUCUUCACCAAUGUGGCAGCUACUAAUGACGGUGGAGUUUACUGGGAGGGAUUGGAAAAAGAAAUUAGUGACAAUAUUGAAAUCACCGAUUGGUGUGGCAACAAGUGGACUAAAGGAUCCAAGACACCUGCGGCACAUCCAAACUCCAGAUUUUGUUCUCCUGCCAAACAAUGUCCUAUCAUUGAUCCUGCUUGGGAGGAUUCAACUGGUGUACCCAUAGAUGUUAUUCUUUUUGGAGGUCGAAGACCGGAAGGCGUACCUCUCAUAUACCAAGCUAGAAAUUGGCAACACGGUGUUUUUAUCGGAGCUUCCAUGAGGUCUGAAGCUACUGCUGCAGCAGAACAUAAGGGCAAGGUAAUCAUGCACGAUCCAUUCGCUAUGAGACCCUUCUUCGGCUACAAUUUCGGACAUUAUCUCGACCACUGGCUCAGCAUGGCCAAGGUAAAGAAUGUAAAGCUGCCAGCUAUAUUCCACGUAAACUGGUUCAGAAAGAGUGCAGAUGGCAAGUUCCUUUGGCCUGGAUUCGGGGAGAAUUCUCGCGUUCUCGAUUGGAUUCUACAUAGAAUCGAUGGCGAGGACGUAGCUGUAAAUUCUCCUAUAGGUUUUCUACCGAAACCAGGAUCGUUUAAUUUGGAAAAUGUAAAUGGUAACGUAGACAUGGAGGAAUUGUUUAGAUUACCAAAAAGCUUCUGGCAGAAGGAAGCUAAGGACCUUAAGGAGUACUUUGACGCUCAAGUUGGCAGUGACUUGCCUAUUGCUAUUCGUUCAGAACUUGAGCUUCUAACUUCCAACGUGGAUCAACUUUAAUUGAUCUACUUUUAAUCCUUCGUAUCAUGAAAAAUUUGAUUAAAAUUAAUAUCAAAUUAUCUUUUUUCUGCUUAUUGAAAGUAAGGAUUUUUAAUUAGAACUAGAUGAAUUUUAAAAUUAUGGAUUAUAUCAACAUUCAGAUUAAAUCUGAACAAAAAUCGUGAUUCUGCUUGAAUUACUAGCUACUAGUUCUUUCAUUAUAUUGAAUUAUAAACGUAGUAUUACGACGAUCUUUAUCUCAACGUCAAACACAAUCACCAUAUUCAUUUGGAACAUUCUUUUUGAUGUUUUCGUUCAAAGAAAUGUCUUUCCUCUUCACUUUUAAUA